UGCUUGCCGGCCUAGUCGGGGUUUUUACCAUAAGCAGCAUCGUCUCAUUUCAUUUGACUGCAAUUGUUUUUUUUUUUUUUUUUUCUCUCUCGCUCGCCGGUUACAAUACAUUUCACAAUUUUUUACAUCUUUCUUAUAAGAGUCCGCCACAUUUUUCACACACAGAGAGAGAGUGGACUCAAGAGUCACGCUGUUUUCUCUUAACCACUAUUUCGCCGAUUACUCUCUUCGCAUUUCUCUGACUUCUAUGCAGGAAGUGAUGUCAGAGAAUGCUCUUCGAGAUCUGAAUACAAUACCUGGAUCUGAGAAGAAGAAUGAAAGCUCCAGCAAAGGGAGUUUUACAAAGCCUUAUAUUGGGGCUGCAACUGAAAAUCUUGAAGAAUUCCAGAAGAAAAACUCUGUCUCCUUGGUUUCACCUCCAAUGAAUGGCAAUGAGACUGCUAAUACUGUAUUAGAAACUGGAAUUCCAGAAGUAGAAUACAUUGAAUCUGAGAACUUGAAUGAUCUAGAAGACGUUGAUACAAGUCUUAAGACACUCUUAGCUGGACUGGAGUCUAAAGAUUGGGUUUUGGUGUGUGAAGCACUCAAUAAUGUACGCCGAAUAUCAAUAUUUCACAAGGAUGCAAUGCUCGAUAUACUGGGAGAUGUGAUUUUACUGGUGGUGAAGUCCCUGAAGAAUCCAAGAAGUGCUGUUUGCAAAACUGCAAUCAUGACAUCUGCAGACAUUUUCAAUGCAUAUAAUGAUCAUAUAAUUGAUUCAUUGGACCCUAUGCUAUUACAGCUUCUUCUCAAGUCUUCACAAGACAAACGUUUUGUAUGUGAGGCAGCUGAGAGGGCUUUAGUAGCAAUGACGAAAUGGGUUUCCCCUGUUCUUUUGUUACCUAAACUGCAACCAUAUCUUAAGCACAAGAAUCCUCGAAUUCGAGCAAAGACAUCAACGUGCUUCUGUCGAAGUGUUCCCCGACUGGGUGUUGAUGGAAUUAAAGCAUAUGGUAUUGACAAAUUGAUCCAAAUAGCUGCAUCCCAGCUGAGUGACCAACUUCCAGAGUCCAGGGAGGCUGCUCGUAUCCUUCUACUGGAGCUACAGACUGUAUAUGAGAAAUUUCAUGACCUCACGCCCACUGUAUCAGAGCAUCCGGAUAUGGGCUCUUGGGAGAACUUUUGUCAAUCAAAACUCUCUCCUCUAAGUGCACAAGCUGUCCUUCGUGUGACCAAUAUUGCUCGGGAGGGUCUUGUUUUGGGUUCCUGACACUAUAGAGAACAUAUAAGCUUUAGGGAGCACUGUCCCCAUUUACCAACAUAUAUGAGCUUUAGCAAGCCUAGUCUACAAUUACAUUUUUCCUUGCUUUUUGGUUUGCUUCAUAGUCCUCUUUUGUAAAUACUACGAAACAUUGAGAUGUUUGGAAUUGCGGUUGAAGCUUGUAGUCAAGCAGGAAAAUUUUUAUGGUAUUUCCCGAGUAUUGUUUACUGCUA